AUGGCCAAGUCCAAAGCCGCUAAGCGCAAGCGCAAUGCCCAAGUCGACCUUCCACAAAAGCUCCCGAAAGCAGUCCCAAAUCUAACACCGCCUCCCGAUGGCGGAACCCCCGAGUCCACACACGUCAAUGCCGUCGUUUCAGACGAGGAACUCGAUAUCACAAUCGAAACGCUCGCGGCGCUUGCACAAUACCCCAGCUUGACAAAGUCAAAGGUAUGCAAGGACCUCCGAGUCGCAGUCUAUGACUUCCGCCAGGCAUGCACUACGGGUGUUAAUACUGCCGAGGGCGCCAACCUAACAGCGCGAAUAACAGGGGCAUUGGCGGACGAGAAAUACAUCGAAGCCAAGAUCUUGCUCGCCGAGAUGAGGAUUAGGAAGGAACAACCCAAGAUCGGAGCCUUGUGUCGUUGGGUCCGGGAUUUGGAUGUCGUUAGCGGCCUUUCCACGCAGCCGAAAGCACACGAUAAUGCCCCCGUGAAGCGUAGUGCGAAAGAAAUGGAGAUAUUGGGCGUCCUUGAUGCCAUUUUGCGUGUCAGCACCCCGAUUGAUACCAACACGAAGGCCGUUGACUCAACCGCGCCCAUCGCCUUCCAGUCCACUUGGGAUCUCCGCCCCUCGACAGCACCACUCCCGGUCUAUGCCUCAGUCCUCGACAAAUCAAUUUUGAGCGAAGCGCCCAAGUCUCCAUCCGCCCUCCGCGUCAUCGAACGAACCCCUGGCCCACUCCGCAAACCACCCAACCACCAUCCAGCCAUCCUCUAUACCACCGCCCCAAACGCCGUCCCACUGGCCCCCGUCGGUCCUCCUAUAACAUACCACGCACAUCCCGCAGUGCCAGGCCUGGGCCUCGCCCUCAAUGUACUAUCCGACGCUGAGUGCAAGGCAAUCAUCGCUGCCGGCGAAUCUGUUAAUUUCCUGCCCGACGCACCCCUUCGCGAAGACGGAGACAUAAGCAUCCUAGCCCACAACUUUUACUGGAUCAUUGAUACUACAUUCCACGACAUGCUGUGGGCGCGGAUUUCCCCUUAUGUACCGCCCUCGAUCGGUGGCCGCUUCGUCCGAGGCAUUAAUCGUCGCUUCCGUGUGUACAGGUACGUUCCUGGUGCUGAAUAUCGGUGCCACAUUGACGGAGCCUGGCCACCGUCCGGUAUUCUUCCGGAUGACACAUACGUGUACGACUCUUCGCCGGAGGAAAAGAAGCAGAGCUCUAUGUACACCUUCCUACUAUAUCUCAACGAUGAGUUUGAAGGCGGGGAGACAACGUUUUUCAUGCCAGCCCCACGGGAGGGCACUCUCAAUGGCUAUCCAGUGCGACCUGUGAUGGGGGCUGUUGCAAUAUUUCCCCAUGGGGAGUCAAAUGGAGCCUUGCUACAUGAAGGUACAGGGGUAAGGAAAGGAGCAAAAUAUAUUAUUAGGACCGACGUAGAGUAUGAUGUGAAGCCUUGCGAAGAAGGAUGA